CAUAUCGCUUCAUUUUGGUUUUUUUUUUAUUGUGAACUAUUGUGCGACAUGUUGCAUCCAUUGAUCCUGCUGGCGUGCGCCAUUGUUGGCAGCGCUGUGGCUGGCCGUCCGGCUCAGCGCUAUUUGCCGUCGAACCAGUACCUGGCACCGCAUCCGAAUCAAUUGCACUACCAUGGCGUUAGUGGGCAUGGUCGUGGCGCAGGCGGCCGAGGUGGAGCUGGAGCCGGUGCUCGCCAGGCUCAGAUACCGAUUGUGCGCAGUGACUACCAGAGCGACACGAGUGGCAAUUAUAACUUUGGCUUCGAUACGGGCAAUGGCAUCCACCGCGAUGAGACGGGCGAAUUCAAAGGUGGCUGGCCCCAUGGAUCCCUCGGAGUGCGUGGCUCCUACUCCUAUACGGGAGAUGAUGGGCAACAGUACACCGUUAACUACAAAGCGGACAAGAAUGGCUUCCAGGCUGAGGGCGCUCACCUGCCCACCUCGCCCUCACUGUCCAACGACCAUCGCAGCGGCAAUUCGGCUGGCGGCUAUCAUGGCGGUGCCUAUCGUGGCUCCGCUUCCAGCGUCCUGCCCCCAUCGUCCCGCUAUCUCCCUCCAGGCUAUCGCCAGCGCAGACAGUACUAGAGAAUGGGAAUGGACCCAGCGAUCUUCGGGCACUCAGCACAAUUUAGUUCACAAUUUUUUUUUUUUUACGUACGCUAAUAAACAUUUAGAAUUUUGAUAACAAAAAUAGAUUUGUCUAUUCUCU